AUGCUGCGGCCUCCCCGCUGCCGCUUCCUCCCGCCCCGCCGCGCCGCCUCCACCGGGCCCGCCCGGCGCCGCCUGCUCUCCACGCCCAUCUUCUACGCUAACGGGCCGCCGCACAUCGGACAUCUCUACUCCGCCUUGUUGGCCGACGCUCUGCACCGCUACCGCAGCCUCCGCGGCGCCGGCCCGGGCCGCCUCUCCACGGGGACCGACGAGCACGGGCUGAAGAUCCAGCAGGCAGCGGCCGCGGCGGGGACGUCACCCCCGGAGCUCUGCGAGCGGGUCUCGGGGCUCUUCCGUCACGCCUUGACCCGGGCCGCCGUCUCGUUUACCGACUUCAUCCGUACUAGCGAGCCCCGCCACCAGCGAGCCGUGCAGCAUUUCUGGGAGCGGCUCCGGGACGGCGGGGCGCUCUAUAAAGGGGCUUACGAGGGCUGGUACUGCACUCCCGAGGAGUGCUUCCUGCCCGAGAGCCAGCUCGCAGACAGCAGGGACGCCCAGGGACGCCCCUGCAAGGUGUCAUUGGAGAGCGGCCACCAGGUGCACUGGACCAGAGAGGACAACUACAUGUUCAAGCUGUCCACGUUCCGGGAGCCGCUGCAGCGCUGGCUCCAGGACAACCCUGAGGCCAUCUCCCCUCAGCCCUUCCAGCAGUGCGUGCUGCACUGGCUGGAGGAGGAGCUGCCAGACCUCUCUGUGUCCCGGGAGAGGAGCAGGCUGCCCUGGGGCAUCCCUGUCCCUGAUGACCCUACACAAACCAUCUACGUCUGGGUGGAUGCCCUGGUGAACUACCUGAGUGUGCUGGGCUACCCCGAGACACACGGCGAGUGGUGGCCGGCUGCGCACCACAUGGUGGGCAAGGACAUCCUCAAGUUCCAUGCUGUCUACUGGCCUGCUCUGCUGCUGGCAGCAGGACUGGCACCUCCUGAAAAGAUCUUGGUGCACUCCCACUGGACUGUCCAUGGGCAGAAGAUGUCCAAAAGCCUGGGCAACGUGGUGGACCCCAUGGCUUGUAUCCAGCAGUUCACGCUGGAUGGAUUCCGGUACUUCCUGCUGCGGCAGGGUGUGCCCGAGCGGGACUGUGACUAUUACGAGGAGAAGGUGGUGAAGGUGGUGAACUCGGAGCUGGCUGAUGCCCUUGGGGGGCUUCUCAAUAGGUCAACAGCCCUCAGCAUCAACCCUACCAACACCUACCCCUGCUUCUCAGAGUCCUGCUUCCCAAAGCUCCUGGGUGAUGGGGUGCCGAGAGCUGGUGGCAGGGCUUCUGCUGAGGACUACGAGCUGGUGGCUUCCGUGGCUUCUCUGCCUCUGCAGGUGGCCACUGCUUUUGAGGCUUUCCAGAUCUACAAGGCCUUGGAGCGCAUCUGCUUCUGCGUGAGGCAGACCAAUGGCUUCUUCCAGAGACACCAGCCUUGGAAGCUCAACCGGGACAACCCCCCGGAGCAGCUGUGGCUGGACACCAUCCUGCACGUGACGCUGGAGUGCCUGCGCGUCUUCGGGACGCUGCUGCAGCCUGUGGUGCCACACACAGCAGACAGGCUGCUCUCCAGGCUGGCUGUGGGGCCAGAGGAGAGGACACUGGUGGGGCUAACCUUCCUGCCUCGCUACCAUGGGCAGCCAUGUCCCUUUGAGGGGAGACCACUCGGGCCCAGCACUGGCCUCUUGUUUCAGAGGCUGGAGAAGUCACCACAACACCAGGCAGGAACCCAGAAGCUCUGA